CUUGGCCACUCUGCUGGCAAGUCGCAAAGCUGCUCGGUCACAAACCCAGUUCCUUUCCAAAAUCGCUUUCCUGGAUAGUUGGCUAUUGCGUGCAUGGAAGGUGUUUUUCCUCCAUAAAUUUGUUAUUAUGAUUUUACGGAGUACACUGUAAGAUUAUAUGAUUUAUAGGGAGAUUCAAGUGGGGAUUUAGAGCAUCACUCCUGAAAUACCUAACCAGAAAUCAUUUGAUUUUAAGAAACAAUGCCUUGCGUUCAGGCUCAGUGCGGCUCAUCCCCUCAAGGAGCCAGCCCAGCUUCCCAGAGCGCAAGCAUCCACUCCGCCGAGGAACGCAGCUGCGACUUCUUGACGCCGGAGUUUGUCAAAUUCAGCAUGGACCUCACUAAUACUGAAAUCGCAGCCACCACCUCUCUUCCGAAUUUCGGCGCUGUGAUGGACAGUUAUAAUUCUAGCUACGACGUCAAGUCGCCCUGUUUGUUUCAAAUGUCCGUUCCGGGAGAACAGGCUUACGUGAAAGUUGAGGAUGUCCCUGUGCAUGGAUACCACCAUCCAGCCCACCAUCAACUACACCAGUCCAACGAAGUGCUCACUUCCCCCGGAUCUGCGUACUACAAGUCACCGUCGCCACAGACACCAACCACAACUCAUUUUCAAAGUCCAGCCAGCCAUGCCGGCCUAUGGGACGACUCGGGACACCGGUGCAGCUUCCAUCAGGAUUAUUUGACCGUGGCGCACAGAAUGGACCAAUGCAAAAACGCUCUAUCCAGAUUUUCCUUGUUUUCUUUAAAGCAAUUCCAACCUGGCCACUCCUCGUCUACUUGUCAAAUGAGAUUUGACGGUUCUCUCCACGUGGAUACACCGUGCGCGCAUCAUUUACUGGAGAGUCAGGGUAUCUUUGGAGCCAGCGGGCUGCGGAAACAACACGGCGUAGUGUUUCCUUCAAUCCAACUUGGUCACGGACACCACUUUAUGGAUAAUCAGGUUCCUUCGCCGCCGAGUCGGGGACCCCCCAGUAAUGAUGGAUUGUGCGCGGUGUGUGGAGAUAAUGCUGCAUGCCAACACUACGGCGUGCGCACCUGUGAAGGCUGCAAGGGAUUCUUUAAGCGCACGGUCCAGAAAAACGCCAAAUACGUUUGUUUAGCUGGUAAAAACUGCCCUGUGGAUAAACGAAGGAGAAAUAGAUGUCAAUAUUGCCGCUUCCAAAAGUGCCUUGUUGUGGGAAUGGUGAAGGAAGUGGUUAGGACGGCGAAUUUGAAGGGUCGGCGAGGUCGGUUACCUUCCAAACGUCCACCGGAUUCGUCUCCACCUGUCAACAUCCUAAAUGCGCUCGUGAGUGCCCAUGUGGAGUCCAACCCCUCUCUGUCACGACUCGACUACUCCAACUUUCAAGUUAACCCCGACGGCCCAGCUGGAGAUGACGUGCAGCACAUACAGCAGUUCUAUGACGUCUUGACCAUCGCCAUGGACAUCAUUCGUGGUUGGGCGCAAAAUAUACCAGGGUUUAUCGACCUAACACAACAGGAUCAAGAUCUUCUCUUCGAAUCUGCGUUCUUGGAGCUCUUCGUCCUGCGCCUGGCAUACAGGUCCGACCCAAAGGACGGAAAGCUAAUAUUUUGCAAUGGACUUGUUUUGCACCGGUUCCAGUGCAGGCGAGGCUUUGGAGAGUGGGUUGAUACCAUCAUGGAGUUCUCUUCUAAUCUGCAAGACAUGAAAAUAGACGUUCCAACUUUCUCUUGUAUAGCCGCUUUGGCCAUCGUGACAGAGAGACACGGAUUAAAGGAACCGAGGAGAGUGGAAGAACUUCAAAGUAAGAUAGUGAAGUGCUUGAAGGACCAACUAAAUAUAAACGAUGCAGAGCUUUGUCAACCACAUCAUUUAUCAAAACUGUUGGAAAAACUACCUGAACUUCGCACGCUGUGUACUCAGGGUUUGCAACGGAUUUUCUACUUGAAGCUGGAAGACUUGGUCCCUCCACCCGCUAUCAUAGACAAGCUAUUCCUCGAUACUUUGCCCUUUUAAAAACCAUGCGGACCUUUACACUGCGUUGUAUAUAACACACUUUAAAAUUGUCAAUCAUAAUAUGUAUAUAUUGUAUAUAACCUUUUUUUAAACCAGCAUCCUACUUUUUAUUUUCCUAUCUGAUCCCUCUCUGUUUUAUCUAGCCUAGUUGAUGUUGUUGCCAUUACGAAAGGUCAAUGUACAUAAAUAAUAUUUGACUUGUAAAAGUCUUGCAUUAUAUCUGCAUGGGCCCAAAUGUGAUGUGAUUCAUACUGGCCUGUAAAUGUAUGUCCUUAAACACCACUGUGGUAUUUACAUGCUGUACAUUGGACGUGUAGCCUGUUACCUAUAUCCCUAAAAUCCUGUUGUUUCUUUAUUUCGUUAAAAUGUCAUUGUUACGACCAAAUGUAAGCUUUUGCAAAAGAGAAUACAUUAACCCAAAGCAAUCCGAAAUGUUUUGCUCUAUUUUAAGUUAAAAUAUAAUUAUUUAUUGGAAAACAUUAAAUAGUUGACAAGCUCUACCAACUGCUUUUCUCUGAACUGCUUUGAUACUGUUGUGUACAAAUGCUUCAAGUUUGUUGUCUGAGCUUAUGUUUUGGUUCGUGAACAUUAAUGUUCAAGCUGAAUCAAUUCAGGUUGUCAAAAGAAAUUAGACAAAAUAAAAUUAUGUCGAAGGCACAUUUUACUGCGAUGGCUUAUCAACCAGCUUUCGUUCUGAAUUUACAGUUUUAAGUUAGUGAGUCCCUAAAAUCAAUAUUUUGUGUAUGGCUUUGGAGGUAAAGAUGUAAUUAAAUUUACAUUCACCCUAGUCUUUUAAUUUACCUUGAAUUUAUGGACAACAUAUGUUGAUAAGGAAGUUGUGAAUGAACAAAUCGUUAUGAAUACAAAUGCAUAUGAAAGGUUACCAAAUAAUGCACAUCUGCGAUCGUCCUGCUGCAGUAAAGAACGUAAAAAGAACAUUAUUAUUAUCUUAAUCAUAAGGAUUUGGACCGAAUGACAUUUAAAAACCUCUCGAGAGUUUUGACAUUAAAGGAACGGAUUUCCAGUCACAGUUUUUACCAUAACAACAAAGCCAAGUGAUUUAAGUUGCAAAUAUGCGGAAAUAAUUUUGAUGGAUAUACAUUAGUAUAUUUGACCUGACAUUUACCCCUUCGUAUGUUCCGAUUUCCUCUUAAAUCGUUCUCCUCAUAAACAUGGUGAGAAGUUUUUGUAUGCAACACGGAACGCUAUGCAGGUGUAAGAUGCGCCUGGUCCAAUAUGACAUCUCCUCUGCCUUGUGUUGAAACUGAAGUAUUGAUUAAUCGGCUGUAAAAGGUCUCACAAAAACGAUUAUGCUCACAAGAGGGUUUAAUAGGCUGGAGAUCAAUGGAGUUGCAGCUCUGUGCACCCAGCUGUCAUGCUGCCUGAAAUGCUAAGAUUAAAUUAAUCAAUACUAUUUGUGAAAUGCCAAAUUGUGGAUGAUGAGUGGCAGGAACCGUUCCCAGAUGUCAAAUCACAUACCAUGACUUAACAUUUGGGGUGUGUGUGUGUUUGUGUGUGCAAUUGUGUGUGUGUUUAUUUAUGGUUAAUUGAGAGGGUGUGACCAUCUGUACCAUGACCACUCAACAACCCACCUAUCAACUAUAACUAUUUUAUAGCAUAAUCACAUUUUUGAUUCUUGAAUUACCCUUCAAGUGCCAAUUCACUCUGAUCUCUAUCUACAGAGCAGGCAUUUUCUGGGGUCAGAAAAUGUCUAUGGAGGUGUUGGACGAGGUUUGAUCUCAGUGUGGAGCCUGCCUCAGAGCAGUUAAAUCCUUUAUCGCUGCUAUCCCAGAUAGCCCAGCAGCUCAGACCACCAUAGGCCAGCCUAUAUACUCCCUCUCAACGAUCAUUGGACAAAUCCAGUGUAUGUUAUGUCUGUUGAAGGGCCAAACUGAGAGCAUUUCAUUUUUGUAUGGCUGUCACAGGGCUCAGUCCAAGAGGGGAUGGACUGGAACCCAAAGUACCGUGUUCCCUGCAUGGCCUUCCUUUUGACGCAGUGUCGAGUUUCCCAAAAGUAGUGAUGGUGUUUCUAUCCAAACUGCACAAUGCAGCCUUGAAAUAUUCUAUCAAGGUCAGCCAAAACAGAAAGGACAGAAGACAAGCUUUAUGUUAGUGUUGGUCAUUAAUAGAAUAGAUUACAAUUACCACACUUGGUAGGCCAAAUCCUGAUAUUAGGAUUAUUUCUUGUCUAUAGGACAAUAGGCUGUUUAGCUCUUGAAAUGUAAUAACUGGGGGGAACACUGUGGGACAGUGGGAAAAUCAACUGACCAUAUAACACUAUCCCAUCCCUCCUAGGUAACAGAUUUGCUGUCAUUACGAUACUGAUCCACUGUCAUAAAACUGUCAUCUAUCAAGUCCUGAGUCUGAAUUCUCAAAAUGUGAGAUUGUGGAAGAAUUCCUAUCACAUCAUUCCACAUGUGGUAUAUUCUUAUGAAAUGCUACAGUAUAUGUUCUUUUCACCUUGCAAGAUUGUGCCCACAUCUCCCCCCCCCAAUUAUUUAAAUGUAAUUAUGAGACCUAUUAGACAUAU